GGCUGAGGGAGCUGAGUUUUUGCUGUGUCUUCAUUUAUUCUUUGCUUGACUUUUCUCUCAGGUCCCCUUGAGAAAUCCUAAAGCCAAGCUUGUUCUCUCCAAGACGCCCUAGUGCUCUUUCUGCUGGCUCUGGACAAUUUGUCAUAUCUGCUCGGCCUUCUGCUCGGCUGCCCAGCUGUGUGCCGCCCAGACUGACAAUAGAGUUGACAGAUUAGACCUUUCCGGUUUAUUGUGAAACAGUUGCAGCGUCAAUGAGACAUUAGCUGUAAACCACAUACCACACGCGUUCUUUGUGUUAUCUACAGAAGAUGCAGUGUUCUAGUGCAUACCUCUGAAGGAGCUGGUGUCACUUUAUUUACGUGUAUCUAAAUGUGAACUGAUGAAGUCGUGGAUUCUGCAGCUUGAUGCUGACAGACUUGGCAUCCGUUGUUACGCUUAAAUUGGAAGGCAUCAUGACAGCGCAAGCUUUUCCUGCUCUGCCCCCGUCCUCACUAACUGUAGAAAUUAGUUGUAGCAGUAAAACUGGAAUUUGGUUUUCAGGAUUUUCAGUCCUUGAUCUUGGAGCUUUCAGCUGAUAGCAGAGGAUAAUAAUAAGUUUUCCCACCAAGCUGAACUAAUCUUGUUUUGAAGCUGAGGCAACAGGCUAUGUCUAAGUGAUUUAAAAUACUGAACGGAAAUUAGUCAUAGGAACUGCUCAAUGAUUUUUGUUCUUCAGAAAAACAGCUUGCCAAGGGUCAUGAUACAUAUUUUGCAGUAAUUUAAAACUCAUCCACUGGAUUUUUAAUUAACAAAAAUAGUAACAAAUUUCAGUUUGUGAAAUGAGUCACUAAAGGAGUUUUCCCCUACAGUUUUGAAGGCUUCCUUUCAGACACUUUCCUCUUAUUAAGCUCUGGUUAGAAAACCUUAUCCGUCCCCAUGUUUUAUUUACAAUAUGAAAUACUAUGUUUUCCUCUAGCUACCAGGCUGCAGGUACAGUAGUUCUGAGAACUGGAUGUGGCUUCCAACAUUAUAUUGACUAUAAGAACAGGCAGGUAUUAUAAUAUGCUGGAACAUGUCCAGAGGAGGGCCACGAGGAUGAUCAGAGGGCUGGAGCACCUCUCCUAUGAGGACAGACUGAGAGAGUUGGGGUUGUUCAGUCUGGAGAAAAGAAGGAUCCGAGGAGACCUUAUAGUGGCCUACCAGUGUCUUAAGGGGGCCUACGAGAAAGCUGGGGAGGGACUUGUUAGGAUGUCGGGUAAUGGUAGGACUAGAGGAAAUGGAUUAAAACUAGAGAUGGGUCGAUUCAGAUUGGACAUUAGGAAGAGGUUCUUCACCAUGGAAGCCCCAUCCCUGGAAGUUUUUAAGGCCAGGCCAAGACGGGGCUUGGAGCAACCUGAUCUAGUGGGAGGUGUCCCUGCCCAUGGCAGGGCGGGGUUGGAACUAGAUGAUCUUUAAGGUCCCUUCCAACCCUAACAAUUCUAUGAUUCUAUGAAUAUAGGGAGUGUCUGAACAAUGGAGCAUGACAUGGUGCCUUUUAGUUUAUCCAAACAAUUUAAUGUAAGAAAUGUGGACUGUCUUUAGGUUAUACGUGGAGUUAUACGGCAAAAGUGGAGGGGAAAAACCCAAGGCUUGUAGAAGACUGUCAACAAUAUUCUGUUCCACAGUGAGAUAGUCUGUUCUCAGGCAAUUGAGAAAUACUACUUAUUAACAGACAGACUUCAUUAAUGCUUCAUGACUGUGCUGUCAUGGGAGAAAUUAAUUGCAUAUUGCCUUUUCGGAGUGGCAUGUGCUCUCUGUCCUGAUACAAAUCCAUCACAGUUCAGUGCUGCUGCCAGAAGAGCCUGUAACUGUGGGGAGGCUUAUCAGUGGUGGUGCCAGGCGGUAACCGUUCUAUUGCAAUCACAUUGAUUUUUAGAUCCUGGGUGUGGAAUAGUCUCUGCAUGGCCCAGUUUGGAGCAGGCUGAUAAGGCUCCUUGUUUCUUAGCAACCACGGUCUGCCAUAGCCAGAAACCUGCCCCUCUGCAGCUGGAGGGAAAAUUCUGAAUGUCUCAAAUUUGUAUCUUGAACCAAGGUAAGUCAUCCCCCCCGGCAUAUUUAAUUUAAAGGCCUUUGCAUUCAAAUAAAAGGAAUGUGUUGGCGAAAGUUCCUCAAUAAAGGAAAAGCAUAACUUCUCCAUCAUUAAUAAAACAUUCUAAUUUCUUUCCGUGUUCUUAUGUAGACCUGUGUCUUUCCUGGGCAUGGAGGUGCCGUAUGUCCUUCUCUUAACUAGACUCGUAGCAGAAGUUGCCAGCAAAUCUACUGAAAGUUCGGUUUCAGAAACAGAAUGCUGUGUAGAUAUGUUGGAUUCAAACAGUUCCUGUCCAGUAACCAACCAGUGCAGUCCAGGUUGUUACAGACGAUGGAAUGAGGAUGGUAGUAGCAGCUGCAUUAAAUGCAAAAAUGAAACCCUCCCUGUUUCAUCUAUUUACAACCUGACUGAAUGCAGAAAUACUGGUAUUAGAGGAAUGAAUUUCCAAAUGAAUAUAAGCACCGUAACUCCUUUCAUACAUAACAUAGGGGGCCCGGAAGUGGCAGCAUCUCUCAUUUUAGGGACAUUUUUCAUCAGUUUAUUUCUGAUUCUGUCUGUUGCUUCUUUCUUCUACCUCAAACGUGCCAAUAAACUUCCUAAUGUUUUUUACAGAAGAAACAAAGCAUCUGUUCUCCAGCCUAGUGAAACAGCAUCCAUGAUACCUCCCCCAGCUUCUUCAGUUCGGAAGCCACGAUAUGUCAGACGAGAACGGUCACUAGUGACAUCUGCAUCUGCUGGUAUGAUCUCUUCUUCCGAAACCAGGGUCAGCAAUGUUUAGCCUUCAUUCUUGACUGAGGACUUUAUAAGUGUACACAGUGUCGAAGAAACUUUUUCUGAAUCCACUGAAGUGCCAGGAAAACAUCGCAAGCAGCUGACCUAAAUGGAAGCCCAAUUGCUGUGUCAAAGGAUUUGUGCCAAAUGUUAACAGAGAAAUGAACUAAUGCAAAGAUACUGAUGGCAGGCUACAUCCAGUUCAGUGAACUGCUUUGGUGAUCUUGAAAUGCACUAUUCCAGCUCUGAGGUUUCAUUUGUCUCCUACAGAUGCUGUGUUUAAAAUCCUUAAAGAAUCUACCUUUCUUUGGUACACUUUCAAUUUUGGCAGGUUCUUCUUCCUGUGUUGUGAUGUGUUCUGUGUCCCCAGAGCGGAAUGUCUCGGUGCCAACACAAAACACUGGGAUUACUCAAGGAUGUGGACUUGUUUGAAGGACCCGCUUGUCAAUGCUAACACUAAGUGCCACUGCUUUACCGUUGUAGGACAAUAUAACAAUACCUAACAUGCAGUAUCCUUUUGAAGCAAAAAAUGAUGCCUUGUGGAGCAUCCUCUUCAGCCUAUGACAUAGCUGGCCCUGCUUUUUAACUGUGAAUAUAGACCCGCUAUCCAGAUACUGUUGUUCUUGGUGCUUUUGAAGGCUGUGGUCAGUAUGGGUCCAAUCCCAAGUGGGGGAAUUUGUUGGGAAGCUUUUCCGAUCGGCUUCAGCUCAGUCCUUGGACAGAGAGCCAUUUGCUAUGGCUUUGUAACUGAUAGGCUGCUAUGUCUGUCCUGCAAAGACUGUCUUCACUAGUUUCCUUCUCUGAAUGCAGAAGUGGAAGGGAAACCAAAAUACCUGCAGGGUGGCUGUGCAUCCCUUAGACAGGUCAGUGAGUCUUGAGAUGAACUGGAGAGGUCAGGUGAAUUUCUGCCAAUGCAAUAAGGGGUUUCUUUGGUCAAGCCCUUCGUUAACUUGCCUGACAUCUGCAGGCCAGCACCUUAUGACAGAGCUUGUUGAAAGUGCCAGCCUAAAGAGCUCCCGCUCUCAGAUGCUUGUUCUUGCCCGUCUUACGCCAGCUGUGUGGCCAAGUACUCACUUGAUCGGGAAAUUAAAGUAGCUGUAAAAUAAGGGUUUUUUCUUAGCAUGGUUGACUCUGUUGCCAUGUGAACACAUGUAUCAGCAUAAUGGGCACAGUGGUAUGGGCAUAAGAGUGGGUGACUGGAAAAUAAGUGAAAAACCUGAGGUUGCUAAAUUGGUUGAAGUGUCACUGUCACCAUAUGUGAAAUUAUAACUAUGCAGCUUGUACAUUCCCACCUACCUGUGUUGCUGUUGCCUGUUUUGGUUUAGCUGGCACUCCAGUAUGGGUCUGUGCUCCUAAAAUAACUUACUUGGAAGCUCUUCAUCAGCAUCUACUGGCAUGAACAUAAACUGGAACAGUCGGUUCUCUUUUUCAGGAAAAUGUGAACAUAACUGUCUUGAGCUGACAUGACACCCAUAUGGAGAGUCCAAACUUUGUCAUCCAGAUUCCCUUUUCUCUGUGGUUAGAAGCUUAUUCAAAGCGAGAAGAUGAGAACUAGGAUGGGAGGAGAUAUAUUUAUCUUAUUGAAUAGGCCUGGUUUUAUGUUAGUUUCAGUGCAGUUGUAUUUUAUUUACUUUUAUCUCUCUCCUUACAAGGUAAUGAGAUCUCUUGUAGCAUCCAAACAAGCUAGGGCAAAGAUUGGGGAUAAAGAACAAAUCAUGAAGAGGCCGCUGCGCCAAAAAAAAAGCCUGAAUUGCCAUAUGGAGAAACUUAAGAUUUCUACCACAAUGAUAAAUAACAUUUUUGCUCUAUUGGACAAAACUAAAGACAGCAGGCAAUGCCAUUUUGAGACCCUUCAGCUUCCAAUAUGAAAUGGGCUUUAUAGUUCAUGUGUUCCAAGUUCAGGAGGCGGCAGUUUCGUUUCUGUCAUUUUGAUGUCUUUUUAUCUUUGUGCUACUGUGAUUUUCCACAGGUAGAAAUUAUGUCUGGAGGUCAUAGGGUUUUUUCCUGAACUUAGUUGCUGAGUAUUUUCCUAACCGCUAAGGAAAAGGAGUAACUAUGCAAAUAAUGCCAAGAAACUGCACCUUUGAAAGCAGGGAGUUUCUGCUUGCGAAUCUGUCAAUGAUAGUGCAUUCUUGCAUUGCUUGGUUGCUAAUGUGUUAUUUCUGCACAUAAAUUAUUGAAGGAUCGUUCAUGUCAUUGUACUGUCUGAACCCUAUCUUAUCCUCAAGUGCAUAUUGUAACUUGGUUUAAUGUCAAGCAUCUAAUGCUCUUACUUCUGUGCAGUCAAGUUUUUCUCAAUGAUAACUUCUCUCUUCCCCUUCCCACACUCUUCCCUCUCCCCUCCAGCAACUGUUUUAAAUGCAGCAGAUAUUUUUACUAUUUUCUUUGUGUUUCAAGAACUGUUCAGCUUUUGUUAUUGCUGUCUGACACGGUGGACUCCUGGUCUAAACAGUUUCUCAUUCGUUUGCACUGUUAAAUAUGUAAUGUGGUGUUUUGGUUUUCAUCUCCCUUCACAAGAAUAAUGCAUACCUAUAUAUAUUUUAAAAAAUUGGCUUUAAUGAACCCUGAUAUUUAAUGUAUUUGUAUAUUUUUAAAUUGUGCCAAAAUAAACAUA